AUGGCUGAAGAGAUCGAAUAUGCGGACUUGGCCCCUACCAAUUCUACAAAGAAAUACACGAAAGACCAAGAUGAAGACAAGUUCCAAGAAGAAAUAACAAGAAUAGACACCAACACAUGGCAGCAAUUCCUCGCCUGUCGUAUCCUGAUGGGUAUUGGAAUGGGUGUAAAAGGUUCGACAGUUCCUGUAUACGCUGCUGAGAACACACCGGCGUCUGUCCGCGGCGCACUUGUCAUGUCGUGGCAGAUGUGGACAGCCUUUGGAAUCUUCCUCGGAACAGCCUUCAACCUUGCAAUUUUCCAUCUCGAGGGCGGUAUAAACUGGCGUCUGAUGCUAGGCGCUCCCUUUAUCCCUGCUGUUCCCCUCAUGCUUCUCAUCUAUCUCUGCCCCGAGUCACCACGCUGGUACAUGAAGAAGAACCGGUACCCUGAAGCCUGGAAAGCAAUGCUGAAACUUCGACAUGAUCCUAUCCAGGUUGCGCGGGACAUGUAUUACAUCAGUUCCCAGCUGGAGAUUGAGGAGCACUUGGCUGGAAAGACAAACUAUGUCACGCGCUUUACGCAGUUGUUUACAGUUCCGCGAGUCAGAAGGGCGACACUUGCUGCGUUUACAGUCAUGGUUGCGCAGCAGAUGUGUGGUAUCAAUAUCAUCGCGUUUUACUCUACUACUGUGUUUAAAGAAGCUGGUAUGUCUGACUUUAAAGCCAUGGUGGGUUCGUUUGGGUUUGGUCUUGUGAACUGGGUGUUUUCGUUCCCGGCGUUCUGGACCAUCGAUACAUUUGGUCGUCGAAGUUUGCUACUCUUCACAUUCCCCCAAAUGACUUGGACGCUUCUUGCUGCUGGUCUCUGUACCCUCAUCUCCAAAGACACAGGCGAUCUUCGCACCGCUCUCGUAUGUCUCUUCGUCUUCCUCUUCGGAGCCUUUUACUCCCCAGGUGAAGGACCCGUCCCAUUUACAUACGCUGCCGAAGUUUUCCCCCUCUCCCACCGCGAGACAGGAAUGGGAUUCGCAGUCGCGACUUGUUUCUUCUGGGCCAGUGUUCUAGGGAUAUCAUUCCCUUUUAUCCUGGACCGUCUACAAACCGUUGGUGCAUUUGGAUUAUACGCAGGGUUUAACAUGGCUGCUUUCAUCAUGAUUCUAUUCUGGGUUCCUGAGACGAAACAACGUACCCUUGAAGAACUAGACUGGGUAUUUGCUGUACCCACGGGCAAGUUUGCGUCGUAUCAGCUUCGAGUUGCGAUUCCGGUAUGGUUUAAGCGGUGGGUGCUUUUGAAGAAGGAUGCUACCAAGGAACCUCUUUAUGAGUUUGAGAUUGUUGGUGAUACUGGGAACUCCAAUGUUAAGACGACCGAGGAGAGAGCUUGA